UUUCAAAAACUAAAAUAUACAUUUCUUAAACCUCCUCUUUAUUUGGAUGAAUAUUCCUAUAAAUGGAAAAACUUGACAUUUGACUUUGUGUGGACCAGUAAUCCAUACCCUACGCCAUCAAGAUCGCGACCACGUGUCAUUACUCGACUGCCACGUCAGCUCCCAAGAUUCUCCAGCUGACACGUCAGGCGGUGCCCCAUCCCCAUUUCCGGCCGGCGCCGCCCUUCUCUCUCCACAAAAUUUUCUAUAUUACAAACUCUCUUCAGAGCAUAAGCCCAUUAUUUCAUAUCACCACCAAAACCCAACCAUGGAAGUCUCUUCUGUAUUUCAAUUAAGACCACCACCACCACCCUCUUCCCACCGCCCCUCCGCCGUCAAAUUCAGGCCAACUUCAGCCAUCUCCCCUGCGUGGCGCCGUCGGGGUACAGCGUCGAGAUGUGUUAGCCAGGGUGGAUGGGGUUCUGGGGCGGAGCUAGAGAGAGAAGUGGCUGCGGAGGGAGAGGAGUGGCUGAAGCUGGGGAGGCUGAAGGAGAAGUGCGGCGGCGGAAAGGGAGUGGUGGAGCUGCUUGAAUGUUUGGAAAUGGAAGCCAUUAUGGGGGAAGAUGAGGGCAGAGAUCCCAUAGAUUAUGAUCGGAGGGCCAAGAUUUUCAGUACCAGUUCUAAAGUUUUUCAAGCUCUAAAGCAACAAAAUUCUGAUGGAUCAAUCUAAAGUUCUAAACAAACAGAGAUGAACAAGAAGCAUGAACAUGUUCAUAUCAAAUCUUUUAUUCAGACUUACCAAAUCCAACUUAUUUGACAUCACGAGUUCUUAUUAUUUAUUUCCCACCUCGGCUUCUGCUUUCUUCUCCUCCUCCCAAAGCUUCCUCUUCAACCAGUCAAAUGGCUGCAAGCUUUUCAGUUUCAACCACAGAAGAAAAGUAAAACCAAUUAUAUAAUCUUGAUGAACAGACACAAGAGAAGACUUUUAACCUGUACAAGCCAUAGAGCAGUGGCUGUUCCUGCAACACUCCAUAACACAGCAGCUUCCAUGUUGGUGGGAUGCAGGCGGUCUCUCAGCUUUGGGCUGAGGAACUUCGGCAAUCCCUUUUUACCUGUCAUCAUUUUUCUUUUCUGUGUUUUCAUUCUGUUAAGGAGCCAUACUUGUACCAAUUUUAAUGACACGAAUUUUCUGUU